CACUGCCCGCACCCACCGCCCGCCUCCCGCGGGCGGCGGCAACAAAGGCCCUUCCCCGCCCCCGCCGCCGCCUCCCGCCGCCUCCCGCCGCCGCCACCGUCCUUGCGGCAGGAAGAUGCCCGGGGAGGUGCCGCCGCCGGCGCCCCGGGGGCUGCGGAGCCUCCCGGUGCCGCUCCUGCUCCUGCUGCUGCUGCUCAGCGCCCGCACCGCGCUGGCUCAGCGCUGGCGCAAUGAGAACUACGAGAGGCCCGUGGACCUGGAGGGCUCUGGGGACGACGAUCCCUUUGGGGAUGAUGAGCUGGACGACGUCUACUCCGGCUCGGGCUCGGGCUACUUUGAGCAGGAGCUGGGGCUGGAGACAGCCAUGAGCCUCCCCACGGACACGGCAGUGCCGCCGCCCACCACGGCGGCCGCGCUGCCCGUCACCGCCGUGCAGCCCGUGGCCACCCCCUUGGAGCCAUCCCCCGCCCAGGACACCACCCCCGGGCAGACCACGAGCGUCCUCUCCAUCUCCAGGACCACAGACACGCCGGUGAUCCCCAGCUGGAAAGCCACCACCACCACCAGCACCACUCCCAGUGCCCCCCCGACCACCACGGCGACCACCACGACCACCACGGUGGCCACCACGACCACCCCCCAGGCCACCACCACCACCAGCACCACCGUGGCCACGGCCAAGCCCACCACCACCACCACCACCACCACCACCACCACCACCAGGAGGUUCCUGCCCCCCUUUGCCACCAAGGCAGCCACCACCCGGGCCACCACCCUGGAGACUCCCACCACGGCCGUCCCCGAGACCAGCACGCCCACGGAGGUGGCCACGUCACGCCUUGUCCCCACCAGCACAGCCAAGCCCAGGUCCCUGCCCAAACCCACCAGCUCCAGGACUGCAGAGCUCACAGAAAAGAGCACGGCCUUGCCACCCGCUCCUGCCACGCCGCUGCCCACAGAAGCCCCCCAGAUGGAGCCGGGGGAGGUGACGACAGCCCUGGACAACGAGCUGGAGGUCCCGGUGAGCAGCGGCCCCAGCGGGGACUUUGAGAUCCGGGAGGAGGAGGAGACGACCCGUCCCGAGCUCGGGAACGAGGUGAUGGCCGUGGUGACCCCCCCGGCGGGCCCCGGGCCCGGCAGGAACGCGGACACGGGGCUGCUGGACAACACGAUAGACUCGGGCAACUCCGCGGCACAGCUGCCCCAGAAAAACAUCCUGGAGAGGAAAGAGGUGUUGAUAGCCGUGAUCGUGGGCGGCGUGGUGGGAGCUCUCUUCGCUGCCUUCCUGGUCAUGCUGCUCAUCUACCGGAUGAAGAAGAAGGACGAGGGCAGUUACACCCUGGAGGAGCCCAAACAAGCCAACGUGACCUACCAGAAGCCCGACAAGCAGGAGGAGUUCUACGCGUAGAAGGAGAGCCGGCGUGCCUCGCCCUCCCUCCCUCCCCGCUCCAAACUCGCCCUCCUCCUCUACUUCAUCCGGUCUCUUCUCUUUCCCCCUCUCUUUCCCUCUCUUUUUUUUUAAUUUGGAUCAGACUGUGAGUUUGAAAAAGCAAAAACCCGCAACAGCUGAAGGAGCAGACACAUCUUUGGUGUGAUGAGACGUCGGAUGCCCGGAGCGUCGCCCAGCUCGGAGCGAGCCCCGCCGGCCUUCCCGCUGCUGGGAUGGACAGGGCAAGGAGCCAGUGCCAAGGUGGCCGUGCCCAGGAGCGCCCUGGAGAGCACAGGGUGGGGUGCUCAGGCUGCCCACAGCGACUGGAGGUCAAGUGGACUUUUCCCAGCACAAUGGACUCUGGGAUCCGGACACCUUCUCCCAGUCCUGGGGCGCAGGGGGCUUGGUUUGGAUUUAUCUUCCUUGGUUUUUUUCCAUUCGUAGAGGAGGGAGGUUUCUUUCCCUCUGUCUUCCUUUUAUUUUUUUUUUGUUUGCUUUUUGAACGGGGUUGGUUGCUUUGCAGGAAUUCCCUUGCUCCCUGCUCCUCUUGGAAGAGAGGGCACAACUCCCAGAUAUGCUUGGAACCUUGGAAAAAAGCACAAGGGGCCGGAAUACCUGGCUGCCCCGGGGUUUGCUCUUGGCAAAAUAAGAAAUAAAUACAAACGUGGCCAGUA